ACGAACUGGAAGAGGCUGAAAUAGAAAUGGACCUCCUUCAGAAAGAACAAGCAUUGCAGGAGUUAUCUGGAGAUUUUAAAGAAGAUGCACAUCACUCUCCCAUUUCACCCAUUCAUACAAAGGAUGGUAACCGCCUUCAGCAAAUAAAAGAUCAAAUUCGCUCCCUAGAGAAAUCUAGGCUCAGGGAGGAAAUCGUUGCUCGUAGACAAAAGAAACUUCUUGUAAGACAUGCCCGUCAAAAGUAUUUGGAAGAAGCAGCUUUACGGGAAGCAGAGCUUUUGCAAGAACUUGAUAGGGAGAGAACAAGUGACGUGGAGCAUGAGAUUGAAAGACUGCGGUUGCUGGAGAUUGAGCGUGCAAGAACACGAGAGUUGCGCCAUAAUCUUGAUUUGGAAAAGGAAAGGCAAACACCGGCAAGUAACUUAAACUGUUUUUGCUGCAUGUAAAUCUAGCACACAUUGCCAGAUGAUGUCAAGAUGGCAUCUGGAGAGAUAUUUAGAAGAUACCCAGAUCAUGAGAUUCAUUAUGUAAUCAGAAAUCUGCAAUGCAUGUCUGCUAACAGUAUAAACAUGGCUUAUUGCAUAA